UUAAGGAGUUAGGAUCUUGGGGUGGGGAAUGAAAACUGUAGUUCCCAGGAGACCUGGACGUUGCAGGACAGUGAGUUGACAUGAGUGACUCUAAAGAGCUGGGGCUCCUGGAGGAGGAACGGCUGACAGGCAGCAGCAGUGCAUUUUUUGCCAGAGUCUUAGGAUCACACCAGACUCCUGGAUGCAGAAGCUCUGCAGGGUGUCUGGGCCGCGGCCCCCUGGUGCUGCUGUUUCUGGCCUUCAUGCUCCUUGCUGUGCUUCUGGUGACCAUCAUCAUCCAAGUCUCCAAGCUUCCCAGCUCCCUGGGGCAGGAGCAGUCCAGGCAGGAGGCGAUCUACCAGAAACUGACCCAGCUGAAGGCUGGACACUGUGAGUUUCCAGAAACGUCCAAGCAGGAGAAGAUCCACCAGGAACUGACCCAGCUGAAGGCUGCAGUUGACCACCUGUGUCGCCCCUGUCCCUGGGAAUGGACAUUCUUCCAAGGAAACUGUUACUUCUUCUCCAACUCCCAACGGAGCUGGCAUAACUCCCUCACUGCCUGCCAGGACGUGGGGGCUCAGCUGGUCGUCAUCAAAGGCGAGGAGGAGCAGAACUUCCUACAGCUGAAGAGUUGGGGAGGUGAGCGUGCAGCCUGGAUUGGGAUGUCAGACCUGACUCAUGAAGACACGUGGCAGUGGGUGGAUGGUUCGCCUCUGCCGCCCAGAUUCAACAAAUAUUGGCACCAAAAUCAGCCAGACAACUUUGAGAACGAAGACUGUGUGGAAUCUACGGACAGUGGCUGGAAUGACCAGAAAUGCGAUGUUGCCAGACUCUGGAUCUGCAAAAAGUCUGCAGCCUCCUGCUCUAGCGAGGAAGGUCGGGUUCCUUCCUCAGCCCCUGCUGCCCCAACCCUGUCUGCUGAAUGGCAGAACAUUACCAACUUAAAACCAGUUACUGAGACAAUGAGGAUUGCCAAGGAAGAAAGGAGACUUACUGCAGAGGACAUCAACCAGAUGUGGAAGAACUGCCUCAAAUCUGCCUCCCCAACCGACAGGAUUCAUGCCUGCAAGCACCCCUCUGAUCAAAAUGUGGAACGUUUCAUCACACAGAUGAAUCCAUUCUACCUGCUCCUGGUCAAUCUCCACCGGCUCCUUCCAGUAGAUUUAAGGAGUGAGGAUCUUGGGGUGGGGAAUGAAAACCGUGGUUCCCAGGAGACCUGGACGUUGCAGGACAAGGAGGAACGGCUGACAGGCAGCAGCAGUGCAUUUUUUGCAGGAGACUUAGGAUCACACCAGACUCCUGGAUGCAGAAGCUCUGCAGGGUGUCUGGGCCGUGGCCCCCUGAUGCUGCUGUUUCUGGCCUUCAUGCUCCUUGCCGUGCUUCUGGUGACCAUCGUCAUCCAAGUCUCCAAGCUUCCCAGCUCCCUGGGGCAGGAGCAGUCCAGACAGGAGGCGAUGUAUCAGGAGCUGACCCAGCUGAAGGCUGCAGUUGACCACCUGUGUCGCCCCUGUCCCUCGGAAUGGACAUUCUUCCAAGGAAACUGUUACUUCUUCUCCUACUCCCAACAGGACUGGCACGACUCCAUCACCGCCUGCCAGGAUGUGGGGGCUCAGCUGGUCGUCAUCAAAGGCGAGGAGGAGCAGAACUUCCUACAGCUGCAGAGUUCCGGGAGGAACCGCUUCUCCUGGAUUGGGAUGUCAGACCUGACUCAUGAAGGCACGUGGCAGUGGGUGGAUGGUUCGCCUCUGCCGCCCAGCUUCACCAAGCAUUGGAACAGCGGGGAGCCCAACAACAUUGGGGAGGAAGACUGUGUGGAAAUAUUCAGCCAGGGCUGGAACGACCACAGAUGCGAUACUGCCAAAUUCUGGAUCUGCAAAAAGUCUGCCGCCUCCUGCUCCAGGGAGGAAGGGUGGGUUCCUUCCUCAUCCCCUGCUGCCCCAACCCAGUCUGCUGAAGAGUAGAAUGUUCCCAACUUAAGGCAGGGUUCCUUCUCCCCGUCCCCAGACCUUACAACGCCCUGGGAGAAUCCUGAUGCCCCGUGGGCCUGGGUCCCCUUCCGUCCUUCCUCUGAUGCCUGACCUUUCUCCUGGCUCAGAGGUUGUGGUUCCUGCCCCUCCUGGGAGCUUUCGCAGUGACCUGGUGUGGGCGCAUUCAGGGCGUGGUGUGCUCCGUCAAUCUACUCUCUCUUCUCCCCAACAUCAGAAUAUUUGAAUGGCCAUGUGUAGCUGCCACGUGCCCGGGGCUUCACGCCCUCCGUGCACACCUUCCUUGUGCUCACCUUCCACCUCCCACCCCUGCACGCCUUUGCCUGAGCACUUGCUGGUUGCAAGAAGUCAUCUUGCAGGCUGGAAGCGCCAGGUUAUUAAAUGCCCCAGUUACCCAGUGGCACCUGUAGAUGGCAUGGAGCCCCCCAACACCCCCGCACACACAUACAACUAUUUUUUUUGUUAUUCUUGCAUCUCCUCUGUUUGACUGUUUUGAGGUGCAUCCUUUAUAAUAAAUUGAUACAUACAAGCAAAGUGUUGUCCUGAGUUCCGUGGGUUAUUCUAGCAAGUUCCUAAACCUGAGAGGCAGUUGUGGGAACCCUCAAUUUCUCAUCAGCCAGGUAGAAAUGCAAGUGGCCCUGGCACCCCUUUGCAGCUGGCAUCUUCAGCGGGUUCCAUCUUGUGGGAUAGAGCCC